AUGUCAUCAUUCGAUCCGAAGACUGUGCUCGCGCAGCUGAAGAGCUCGCUCGCACCUCUUGAGAAGCGAAACUUUGAAGCUGAAUGGGCGAAAAAGGUUGAACGCCAGUGCGAAGCCUGGAAGAGAGCGCGCGUCUCGCAGUCACAGUAUGCAGAACAGCUGGAGUGGGAGGCUCACGUUGUGGAAUAUGUGAACUUUGUUCACGAGCGCAUAAAAGCCCAUGGAAAUGCAAAGCUCGCAACAGAGCGCAGUCUUCGCAGAGAUCUCCCACUCUACGGACCGCGCUUCGUACCGCCGACGUACCUGGAUAUAGCAAAGCGCAGCGCAACACCCGAAAUCAUGCCGGAGACGACGUACCUUAAGCCAGUUACCAUUGUCCAUCCAUUCUACUUCCCCGAGAUCACACAAUGCCCGCAGUGUGAUUCCGGUGAUGUUAAAUGGAUCCAAUGGGCUGCUACCGGCCAUCGCGAGGUGCAUGGUCUGUUUCGAGAGGAGACUGCAAUUGGGUAUCAGUUGCGGUGCAAGGAGUGCGAGAAACGCACCGCGGAACGAAGCGGUACCAAUGAAGACUCCGACGGAGCGUACUGCUUCACGACGACAAGCCACCUGUUUUGGCAGCGUCGGGACCACUGGGAAAUACCAUCCAGCAUCCCAUACUUCCUCAGGCGCUGCGCGGUCACGCGCGAGUUAUUUGACCUCAUCGUUGAACUGCGUCCUUCAACGACGUCUGCGGGGCUUGCCGAGAAUGUCAGACAGCUUCACCUCCUUGAAUACCACAGAGAGAGACUCGUGUACUUGCGAUACUUUCAGUUGCGACAGGAGACGAAAAACAUGAGCCUGGUCGAUCCUCCGCCACUGCGCAAGUUCUCAAAGCCGGGCGAAAUCGUCGCGGGCUACUGUGAUCGCUCGAUCACGGAUGACUUGAUCACUGAUAUCUUCAAUAAAUUCAGUGAGAAAACACGGCAACCAGAGUCAGAGACAUACCUUCGUACAUUGAGCGCAACAUCCAUCUCUCUCGACAAUACCUUCCGUGCGGCAGGAAAGGCGAGCUUGGUGACCGUUGUCGAGAAGAAGCAGAACCGCAUCAAGGUGUUGAAGGGUGGAAUUCUGAGCGUCAUCAACGAGGUCAAUGAGAUCAUAUCCUGGCGUUUCUGCCAGUCGCAAUCGACGUCUGAGAUCGCAGAGGUAUUAGCAGGUCUCAAGCGGCGCGGCGAGUUGCUGCAGGUCCCUGAUCCUGUGCUGGCGGUGGUCGACAACUGCUGCCAUGUGCGCAAGUCCAUCAAAAAGGCGCUGCCAGAAAUAGAUGUCGUGCUUGAUGUCUGGCACUUUGUCGGAAGAUACCUUGCAUGCAUUAUCGGCGGCACCAAGAAUUCGCUCCGUGGGGCGGUCGCACGAGAUUUGGUCGGCGCGAUCCUCAAGACUACGGCAGACAAGUACAAUCGUGCCGUCUACUGGAGCAGGGCAGAGCAAGAGAGAUGA